AUGGCUACUAUAGCACCAAAAGUUGGAGAAAAUUACCUUUAUUUCUGGAUUUCAUCAGUGAUAAAGGCUGCUGAAUUGUGCAUAUCAUUGGUUCAUUUCCCACAACUAAUCACAUUUCACUUUAUUCAAGACCUUUUAAAAACGGGACUGUCAGCUGAGGUUGGAAGGCGCAGGCAGGCACCCUGGAGAGAAUUCAUAGGGAGGCACAGGACGGAACGCUCCAAGGAAAGAAGCAGCACCCCCAGAAAGGAGUGCUCUAGGGGCUCCAGGCAGCCCAGGAAACGCGGACGUGAGCACCGUGAUUGCACUCCCACGUGCACCAACGCUGCCAGUGUGAACAGAAGCGGAGCCCGCAGAGCACCAGGCUUUGCCGGGAGAUGGAUCACGAUGAAAAACAGAGCCAGAGCAUGGCGGGAACUUUCCGAGAGGGCAUGUUGUUUCCAGGCGGUUCCACCUUCUAAUAUGAAACAGUCUUGGUUGAUUUUCCUUGAUACUACUUUAUCCUCGGCCUGGUUGUUGGCAAGUAGCUACCCGCGUCUGUACACGCCCUUGAUUAGUUUCCACUGCAUGUGUUUUAACGCAGUGCUCCUUUUUCCACGUUUAUGUGGGCCAACCCUGUCUGUAAAGAUCCAGUUUAAUACAAAUUUGAGUCUAGGUGCUAUAGCCUGGAAAUGUACUAAAGGCACUACAACAUAUUGCUGAAAGAAUCUUUAUUCUGAAUGCAAAGCAGACACCUAGUAAAAAAUUCUGGAAUAAUAAAACAAGCCAGGCUCUUGUGCUCAGUUUUGGGGACGCUCCAAUUUAAAGGCUUAGUCAUUGUCACGGUGUAAGGUUUACCCAUUGCCCCCACCACACAAAUGUGGGAAUGUUGAGAGCUGAGAGUCCUCCGACCUCUUCUGCUGCCCAAGAACUUGGGGUGGGUGGUAAUUGGAGAAAUCAAAGUGAUCAGCUGCAAAGAAUUCCAUUGCUGGAGCUUGGUUCUGCGGGAUUCUUCAUGGAGGUCUUAAGGCAGAGACAAAAACAAUGACUGUGGGAGGCUCCUGUGAGUAGCCCAAAGGGUUUUGGAGUCAAGUAACCUCAGGUUACAAAUCCAGUCCUGCAGGCUAGGAGUUGUGUAAACUUAAAAAAGUGACUGCACCUCCAGGCACAUCAUUUCCUUACCUGCACCUCCUUCUGACGGAUUUUCUGAGGACAAUGCAAUCCAUACCCUAUGUUGAAUACUUUUCUAAUUAAUGACGUACAGACACUAUUUAUUUUACAGGGAUAAAAAUACCAGAAGAACCCAAGUCAUAUUCAUUUAAAGUGGGACGACAAGUGCAUCAAAAUCUGAAAAAUCAUCACUAAAGAACUUAUCCAUGUAACCAAAAACCAUUGAAAUAAAAUUAAACUAUUGAAACAAUAUUUAAAAAUAAUAAAAUUAGAAAGUCC